ACGUGCGCCGAAUACAACAGGUGUAGUAGACCUCACAGUGAAAUGCUGAAUACAACAGGUAUAGUAGACCUCACAGUGAAAUGCUGAAUACAACAGGUGUAGUAGACCUCACAGUGAAAUGCUGAAUACAGCAGGUGUAGUAGACCUCACAGUGAAAUGCUAAAUACAACAGGUGUAGGUAGACCUUAACAGUGAAAUGCUGAAUACAACAGGUGUAGUAGACCUUACAGUGAAAUGCUGAAUGCAACAGGUGUAGUAGACCUCACAGUGAAAUGCUGAAUACAACAGGUGUAGUAGACCUCACAGUGAAAUGCUGAAUACAACAGGUGUAGUAGACCUCACAGUGAAAUGCUGACUUACAGGCUCUAACCAAUAGUGCAAAAAAGGUAUUAGGUGAACAAUAGGUAGGUAAAGAAAUUAAACAACAGUAAAAAGACAGGCUAUAUACAGUAGCGAGGCUAUAAAAGCAGCGAGGCUACAUACAGACACCGGUUAGUCAGGCUGAUUGAGGUAGUAUGUACAUGUAGAUAUGGUUAAAGUGACUAUGCAUAUAUGAUGAACAGAGAGUAGCAGUAGCGUAAAAGAGGGGUUGGUGGGUGGCUGAAAAAAAGAGGGGUUGGCGGCAACUCUGAAAAACCCCCAGGGUAGAAUCAUGACGUCAGUGGUCUUCAGGUCGGAGCUCUAGAAAGAGGCCCGAGUUCCCGACUUGGAAUUCCAAGUUGGAUGACCGUUCAAACCUUAUUUUCCCAAUCGGAGUUCCCAGUUGUCUGGAAGUAUGAUAUUUACCAGUUCCGUGUUUCCAGUUGUUUUGAAAGCGGCAGAAGUCAUGCUGGAUUGACAGCAUGGCCAAUGCUGAAUGUUUAUCCUUUUAAGCUUGGAAAAGAGACCCUUAAACCCAGACUUGGACCCCACACCCACUCCAUGUCACGCCCUGACCUUAGAGAGCUUUUUUAUGUCUCUAUUUUGGUUUGGUCAGGGUGUGAUUUGGGUGGGCAUUCUAUGUUCCAUUUUCUACAGCUUGCAGGGAUCUCAGAAAACAGUUAAAAUAUUCUUUAUUUUAUGCUCCAGCAAGGAUAGUUCUGUAGUCUGCAAUUUAUUAUACUGUUUAAUACGUCCAAAUGUACUUUGCUAGAGCAACCCUGGUUAAAGUAAACUUGUAUAAAGUGACCUUUACGGGAUUCUACUGACCCCUGGUGUCUGUGGUGUUGAUUACAGUUGUAUUUUGAUCGGCCAAUUACACCACACGUCGCCUUCCCCUUUAAAAUUCUCAACCGAAGUUGGCGCUCGAUACGGCGCGCAAACUCAAACGACACUGGAGGUUGUUGUCAGCAACGUCGACUUCUAGCGUUUGUAAGCAGCAGGUGAAAUAGCAAAAAUCAUCAAACGACACUGUUUUAUGAAAAUAAUUAGCUAAUUAUAACUCGUCUGGGAACUUUGGAUGUAUGGAAACAUUUUAAUGACCGACAGUUUGCUUAUCGUGCGUAUUGAAGCCAGGAAAAACGCUAGGUAACGGUGUCUAACGUUGUGGAUAAUGAGUUGGCCUUGGUAACCAAGCAGCUGACAAACCACCCAGUGAAUUUGUAAACAAUGUCUUGUGUUGCACAUCAAUUAUUAUUAUUAUCUAUUUGUGCUGAACGUUACUGUAUUUGAGAACAGUUUGCUAGCUUACUAGGCAGUUUAGCUCGUUAUUUUCUGAGGAAGUUGUGCUUGUCCAUCACCUGAAGAUGACUUCCGCAUUGGAUGACCCAACCCUGGAGAGACACUUCAAGGGCCACAGAGACACCAUAACAAGCGUUGACUUCAACUGUAACAUGAAACAAAUUGCGACCGGCUCCAUGGACUCCUGUCUCAUGAUCUGGAACUUGAAGCCCCAAAUGAGAGCCUAUCGGUUCGUGGGACAUAAAGACGCUGUGACGUCAGUCCAGUUCUCUCCCUCCGGACACCUGGUGGCCUCAGCUUCCAGGGACAAGACUGUCCGCCUCUGGGUGCCCAGUGUGAAGGGCGAGUCCACCGUGUUCCGAGCCCACACCGGAACGGUCCGCAGUGUCAGUUUCUCCGGUGACGGACAGACCUUGGUCACCUCGUCCGACGACAAGACUCUCAAAGUCUGGACCGUUCACAGACAGAAGUUCCUUUUCUCUCUCAACCAACACAUGAACUGGGUCCGCUGUGCCAAGUUUUCACCAGACGGCAGGUUGAUAGUAUCGGCCAGUGACGACAAGAGCAUUAAGAUUUGGGACAAGAACAGUCAGGAGUGUAUCCACUCAUUCUAUGAACAUGGAGGGCAUGUGAACUACGCUGACUUUCACCCCAGUGGAACAUGCAUUGCUGCAGCUAGCACAGACAACACUGUCAAGGUCUGGGACAUCAGGACCAACAAAUUACUGCAGCAUUACCAAGUUCACAGCGGAGUGGUGAACGGUCUAUCCUUCCAUCCAUCUGGUAACUACCUGAUAACAGCCUCUAAUGACUCCACUAUGAAGAUACUGGACCUGCUGGAGGGACGGCUGCUCUACACACUGCACGGACACCAGGGUCCAGUCACAUGUGUAACGUUCUCCAGGACCGGAGACUACUUUGCCUCAGGAGGAUCUGAUGAACAGGUUAUGGUGUGGAAGACUAACUUUAAAACAGCUGACUAUGGAGAAGUUCUACGACUGCAGCAGACAGCGACCUGCGUCGACCUUGGAGGAGGAGGAGGAGGAGGAGGAGGAGGAGGAGGAGGAACAGGAAGAGGAGCAGCUUUCCCUGGAGACUCCAGGACGUCCUUGCUCCAUAGGCAGGAGUCGUCUGAGUCAGAGCUGUGUAACGGCCAGGGGCGGGGCUUACGUACGGAGGGGAGGAGUAGGAGUGGUAGCGUCACCCGGAGCCUGUCUUCCAGACCCACCCAGACCGCCAGGGCCCCCAAGGCCAGGCCCUCCUCGGUCCAGCAGACAUGCACCCAGCCCCAGACACAGACCCAGAGAGAAGGCAUGGUGCCUGCUGGUCUGGCCAGCACUCUGGAACACAUAGUGGCUCAACUAGAUGUUCUCACACAGACUGUGGCCAUCCUAGAACAGAGGCUGACUCUGACAGAGGACAAGCUGAAGGAGUGUAUUGACAACCAGCAUCAGAUCAACCUGCAACUCCACCGCAGGGAACCAGACCUCCAACCAAGGGACUAACAACCCAACUAGAUCUCCA